AUGUGUAUAGUAUGUGGUAAAAAACAUGUGCCACUUAUGUGUGAUACUCUAGAUGCUCGAAACAAGAAAUCAGACAACAGUGAUGAAAAAUGUGCAAGUUCUAAAAUUAGCAUGUCUAACAUCACUUAUGGCCCAAAGUAUGGAGAAGUGCUCAAAGAAUGGGAGCAAGAAGGUGUUAUCGAAGAGGUUCCUAAAGAAGAAAUUAAGUCAUCUUGUCCCUAUAUGCCCCAUCGACAUGUGGUGAAGGCAAACAGUACAACUAAAAUUAUACCUGUGUUUAAUGCUUUUUCUAAAGAAAAGGGAACUCCUAGUCUCAAUGAUUGUGUUGAGAAGGGACUGAAUUUGAUAGAAUUAAUUCCUUCCAUAUUAAAAAGGUUUCGCUUGUAUAAAUUUGGCAUAACAGAUAAUACAUGCAAAGCGCUCUUGCAAAUCAAUUUCUAUAAAAAAAGAGAUUUCCUCCGAUUUCUACGGUACGAUGAAGAUGGGAAUCUCAAACAUUAUCAUCAUCGCAGAGUUGUUUUUGGUGUUUCUUGUAGUUCGUUCUUGCUCGGAUCAACUAAUCGAUACUAUUUAGAAAGGAAACUAGAUGAAGCCAAGCAAGGAAAUGAAAAAUAUUCUCGAGAUAUUAUCCGACAACUGAUGGUCAGCUUUUAUGUGGAUAAUUGCUUGACUAGUGUCAAAACUGAAUCAGACCUGAAGCAAUUUAUUGAAGUUGCGAUUGAAAUUAUGGCUGAAAGAAAAUUUGUUUUACGAGGGUGGGAGUGCACUAACCCAUCUGAAUCUACAGCAAGUUCAACAAACGCUCUAGGAAUGAUGUGGGAGAUACAUUGUUAUACUCUUCCCAUUAAUAUCCCUGAUGUGAAAUAA